AAGGUGAUUUUACAUAUGAAUGUACGUUAUUUGUUGGAAUGGUUGAUGUAGACACAAACUUUGAUCGCAUUCGGCGAGGUGUAUGGGUUGGACCUAAUGCUGCCAAGCCUUAUGUUGAGUGGAAUGACUUGUCCAGAGUGUUGACAGAUCUCUUAAAAUGGGCUCGAUCACCAGAGUCACGUGAGAAGUUUGAUGAGGUAAUGUACGACAGUUUGAAGUCGUUACUCAAAGCUGCUAAUAAUGAUGUCAAAAACAAGGUAGAGAACCUAUCCAAGUUGACGCAGCGUGAUGUAGAUACAGUAACUGUGACGAUAAUAGCCACAGCUAAUAUUAUCAGACUUCUGCGGAACAGUGUCAUCAACCUUCCCCGCAACCAGUUCCUUCAAGUUAAAACAGGUCUCUUGGACUGUAUCCUGGACAGUGUUUACUUCUACCACGACGUAGGAACAAAGUGUCACCGUGUCAAACACAAGAUACCCUACGUUCUAACAUAUACUCCACUUUGUAUCGAGGUGAUCAGAGCAGCCCUCCAGUUAACCAGUAACCUGUGUGUGGGUAAUCACGCAGUACAGGGCGCCGUCUGGGCUCGUCUCUAUCCGGGCAUGUUCAACACUCUUCUUAGCAGCAUCGACAAACAAGUCAAGAACUAUGUGUGCGCUAUACUGUUUCAUUGCACUGCUUGGAAUGGGAGUGCUGCUCUUGAGGUGGCAAACGAAAUAUUCAAGAGAGUCAAGAGGCACAACAGCCGCAACCAAGUAGCAGUUCGGAAUUCCAAAAGCGAGAACCCAAAGGCGGAUAGAAAGAGCUUCUUAGACUCUCCUCUGGAUGAUGACCUAGUAGCGAGGACUUCUUCAGUUCCAACUCCAGUUGCAACUUCAGUUACAGCUCCAGCUCCAGUUACAGCUUCAGCCCCAAUUCCGGCUCAACGCACUCUGAGACCAAGGCCGAAGCAGACGUCCAUCAUCCACUGCCAAUCAUGCCGACCCAGCGUAGUAUAUAGGUACCGUUUCAUAAAAUCGAACAACCGCUCUAAUUCCAAUUCAGUAAAGCGGAAUCUUAGCAGGCAAUCCAAGGAGAUGAAGGCCCUUAAGACGACCAACAAAGAUCAGUCUUUACAGAUCGACCGACUUCAGGCUCAGUUGAACUCAUGGAAGAUACAGGCUGAAAGCACCACUGCAUCUCUUUCCGGACUGAAGAAGAGCUUUGCUGACAUUGAGGAGGAAUGGAAAGCUAGUAAGGAAGAGCUAAGCAGUUUGAAAGACCUGUUCAUGAUAUUUGUUGAAUUAUGAAUGCUGGCGAUGAAGCAAUCGUCGUAUAAGUACAGCACCGCUUACGAUCUGUGAACAUUACAGAAGAGUGUCAUGAUGAACCGCUAAAUCAUAUAAUAUAUAUGAGAACGGACCAAGUUUCAUCUACAAAUAGAUAACUUAUUUUAAUUCAGGAUCACGGAUUCUUUUUAAUCGUAAAUGAAUUUUAUUUAUAUCCUAUAUUUGUUUUUGAACCUCGUCCUUGACCAUGAAGGAAGGUGAAUGAGAUGAAAAGAGUAUUUUUUACUCGAUGCCAGUGUGUCUGGGUCAGAAGUUUGCGCUCAUAAUAUUAUGACGCCUGCCAGUGUUUCUGUCGUUAGUUGCAAAAAGUCAUAUUUAUUUCGAAUAUGUAACUGUAACACCCUGUAACAGGUUUAAAACUUUGAAACAAUUCCAUAAUUGUUUAAUGAUACUGAUCAUGAUAGGUAAAUUAUUCACACGUGAACAUAAUCACGUGACAAUGUUUCAGAUGUUUGAUAGCGAUCUUAGCGAGAUGAAGAAUAUUGCGAGCUCUUUAAAUAAUGUUUAUAUUUUAUAAUACAACGUUUCAUAUU